CAAGUGGAAAUACAUUUCGUAAGGUUUAUUUGUAAUAUUCGAAGCUGUUUCACAUUUUUUCAAUGAAAACUUCCGGUCGGAGUUGAAAUGUACUGUAAUCUCUAUGGACCAAGCAUGCUCUGUUCCUGUCGACGUACCCCGCUUCGGUGUCAUGUAAUGUACUUUCGACCGCUAUGAAAGCGCUUACUGAAAUGGACUUGAAGGAAGCCUUAAUGAAACGAGGUAAUCAGGUGAACGACGAACCUCUAUUGGUAUAACGCACCUCAUUACUGACCAUCGCCUGCUUUGAGGACAGCCAACAAAGGCUCACUUUGCCUGACAUAUGAAUCUGACUGUCAAAUAAACCGUCUAGAUGAGGUGCCGUUUCCGACGCCGAUUUCUUUCAGUCCUCGGAGGUGGUAUUCUCCUCAUUUUCGCUAUUGUUAUAAUGGGGUUCGAUGGUCGUCAACGAGCGCGAAAGCGUUCCUGGAACAUCGAGAUGCCAGUACUGCUUCAGACAGCGAAGUUUCCCACAGACGGCAGUAUCCUCGUAUGUGUGCCAUCGGCUCCCGGAAAUUUUGAUAAGCGACAAGCUAUUCGAGACACGUGGGCGACGACUCGAACAAUUCGCGUCGUUUUUUUUGUAGGUGUUCCAAACGGCACCAGAGCAAAGUAUCACCAGAGGGUCAUAGAAGCUGAACAUGAAUCGUUUGAUGAUAUCGUACAGGUAGGGUUUAGUGACACCUACAGAAAUUUGACGCUGAAAGUGAUUUCGUUAAUGUUGUGGGCGAGUGAACAUCGCUGGCCAGACCGUCGACUCAUCGUUAAAGCGGACGAUGAUACAUUUGUUAAUACACCUCUGCUGUUGAGCUACCUUGACCAUUUUACCAAUGGCAAUAUUUACGGACUCUAUCAGGACACAUACACAGUGCCGCGUUGUAAUGUUUCAGCAUGCAAGAAGUGGGGUCUCACGUAUCAUGAAUUCCCUUCAAAUAUAUUCCCGCCACAUGUGCGAGGCGCCAUGUACAUACUCACCGAGAUGGCACUCGAGCGAUUACUGAAGUAUCUGUUUGAUCCUCCGUUUUUGUAUAUCGAGGACAUAUAUAUUACAGGGCUGGUUGCAGGCCGAGCCGGAGUACCAGUUUGCAGUUUGCCUAGCGGUCUCAAAAUAGUUGCAACGAGCCCGACAAAAAGCACUGUAUUUAUCUUAAACAAAGGGCUCCUUUCGCAACAUUACUGCCAGCCUCAGCACCACAGAGAUUUCUGGAAACGCGUGCGCAAAAAUCUUCCCUAUAAAAAUUGAGAGCAUAUAACAUGUACCAUUCAUUUUGAUGUCAUAAUUAAAGAUCAAAUUGUGCGUAUUAUUUUUAGAAUGUUAUUUAAAGGUAUCUAAGUAUAAUAUU